AAGUUGGAAUGAAUGGCGUGGUUAAAGAACCCACUAAAGGUGAGGUCAUGGCUGAAUCCACAGGAGCUAGUGGCUUAUCUGUUGGUGCAAUCAUUGGGAUCGUGAUCGUUGUCAUCAUCCUACUCCUCAUCAUCAUUGAUCUGUCUUGCUACUUCAUCAACACGUGUGGACUCCUCCAUUGUUGCUGUGUGCAUGUCUUGGGAAAGAAGUCUGAAAGGGAAACUGAUCCAGAGAAGGCUGAACAAAGCAAAGAGAUAAUAAAGGAUCAAGAAAAACAAGAUGGCGCUGCAGUUGAGGAUGGAAAUGACACUGCCCUGAAAGCUAAAGAUGAAGAUGCUGAAGAGGAAGGGGACCAAGAAGAGGGAGCCAAAGAAGAAGAGAAGGAGCCAGUGCCCAAUGAGACUGGAGAUGAGGAAACUGAACCUUUGACCAAACAUGAGGAGGUGAAUGAAGAAGAUGUCAAGCCAGAGGUUGAAGAGAAGGAAGAAUUGCCACCUGUCCAGGUUGUCAAUGGCGAUGAGGCCCCUCCUCCCCCACCCCCUGCUGCCCCUGCUGACGCCACUACCCCUGAGGGAGGGGGUGGGGAUCUCCCACCAGCUCCUCCCACUGACACAAUCGUAUAAGUGUCAUGUCUUGUCUUGGAUCUCACAUUAUUGCCCAGUAUUAAUCCAUGGCUCCUAAAAUCUGGCUGAUGUUGAUGUUUUUGAAAUUGAGUUCCUACAAAAUAAUUGAAAAUUUGUUGGUUUCUCAUGCUGGUUGAAUCUCAAUAUUAAAGAUGUUUUGACAAAUGCCUUUCUCAUCCAUUGGUAUGAACAUAAAUAAUUUGUACUCUAAUAAAAAAAACAGAAGAACAGACUAAAAGGACGGCAUAUAUAUAAAAAAGGGAAUCUGAGCACAGAAAAAAGGAGCCGAUGCUAAAAUAAAUGUAAAUUUUUUAAAAUGGUUCAAUUUUAUUUAUUGGUUGUUUGCUACAUUAAAAGUGGGGCAAUGUAGCAAACACCUCAAGUGAGACGUCAGCCUGUUUUAAAAGUACAAGCUCAGCUUAGAUUAAAAUUUAUGAGUACAACUUUAAGAAAGGGACAAUUUGAGAAGUACAAUUUUAGUGAUCAAUUCACUGGUUUUUACGAGGAUACAUUGAUAGCUUUAUGUUUCUGUCAAAAAGAGGACAGGAAUCUGAUACUGUAAUCAGUGUAAAUGCCUAGAAAUGUUAGCCAAUCACAGACUGAGAAACAUGACAUGUGACCUGAGUUAACCAAUCACAGACUGGGAAUCAUGACAUGUGACCUGAGUUAACCAAUCACAGACUGGGAAUCAUGACAUGUGACCUGAGUU